CUUCAUUCGACCAAAAAAAAAAAAAAAGAAGAAGAAGAAGCUUCAGAUCAGAGCUUUGGCAAAAAGCAUCGGCUCCGCGACCGCAAAGACGCCGGCGACGCCCAACUCGAGCUCUGACUCGGUGGACGACGAGUUCGACGCGGAUCGAGGCUCGAAUUGCCGGCCGUUCGAUGGAGGACGACAUGGACUCGCUCUUCGAAGGCAUGGUGCUGUUCACGCCGUCCCAGCUUUCCGACCAGCCCGAAAGCGGCGGUGCGAAUCAGCCCCAGCCUCACGAUCCGAUCCAUCCUCCUCCUCCUCCGCCGCCGCCGCCGCCGCCGCAGCCGCCGGUGGAUGCGGAUGCGGCGGCGGCCGCGUCCGAGCCGCUCGACGAGAAUCUCUUCUCCGACCUCACCCUCGUCGGUCCUCUGCCGGACCUGCCCGAGAACGGCCACUCCCCUCCUCGAUUGAGCCCCAGUCCUUCUCUCGAGACGGAGACGAGGACGGCGCCGGGUCGUUCUGCGGCGCGAGAGAUUCCUCCUCCUUUAACUCGGCAGAUGUCGAGAAAGAAGAAGAGAGCUGCUGGUUUGAGGAUCGGAUAUGGAAGAGACGCGCCGGUCGCGGCUUCCGCCGAUCGCGCGUCUCCUGUUCCGAUCUCUCCUUCUGAUGAUGCGAGUUCGGUCUCUGUACCAGACGCGAGAUCGGAGUCCAAUAUGGACAGUAGCAGUAACGGUAGGAAUAGCUUCUCAAUGUCUGCAUCUGCUCCGCCAGAACAAGAAUCAUCCAAUGUUGCUUCACUCGCAUCACAGCCUAACCAUCGCAGUCUAGAAGUUUCAGAAGAUUUAGAGGAUGCCACGGAGGAUCCUUCACGAACUCCGGGGACUAGUGACAGUGAAGUAAUUCAGCACGAUACGAGAGUUGUAGAGAUAGAAUCAGCUCUCGCAUCCGAGGCUACUGAGACGACAAAACACGGCGACGAUGGUGGCGAGCGUACGAAGAUGGAUGAUUCAGUUGAGACCAAAUUCGAGCGAAUUAAGGCUCAGGUUGCCGAGAAACUCAACCGGGCUCGGGAAUUGGCAGCUUCCUUAUCUGCUGCGAAGAAGGACUGCGUGAGGAAGAGAAGAAAGGCUGCUGAGAACGUGACUUUGGCUUCUACCAAGCACAAGGAACUGGAGAAGAGCUUGGAGGAAGCAUGUGAGGCUGAAGAUUUCGAGAUGGCUGAGAAGGUCAGUGAAAGCCUUGCUGCUGCUGAAAAGGAGAGACAAGCUUUGGUGGAUGCACUCAGAGCUAGUGAAGCCGAAUGCGAUGCCAUUAAUGCGAAGAUGCAGGAGGUUUUAAAUGCACAGAUUGCUGCUGAGGAUGAGUGUGUUUCUCUGUUGGAGGAUUUCUCUAAGGAUGCAACUGCUAGUGCUGACCUGAUAGUGAAGAAGGCAAACUUGCUGCAUGCAGAGGAAAUGGACAAAUGGCUUUCAUCAAGUGACGAUUUAGAGGCGAAGAAGAUGGAGCUUGAAAUUGAGUCAUAUCUGAUAACUGAAGCUCGUGAAGGAGUGAAUGUUUCCAUUGAUCUUUCAAUUGACGAUGACAGUAGAGAGAAAGAAAAACUUCUUAAGAAGAAGGAUGUGUUGUUGGAGGAAUUGGAGAAGCUACUUAAUUUAGUGAAAGAGAAGGAGAAGGAAAUUGCUGAGAAUGAUGCUACCAUUGAAGCAGUAGAGAAGCGUAUUGCUGGUGUGGUAUCUGGAUUUCAGGACAUGCAAUUAGAUAUUGGUACUAAAUAUGAUAGAAUGAAAUCAAAGCUCUCUCAGGUUAAUGUGGAAAGUGAAGCUUUAUCAAUCAAAAAGAAAGAUAUUGAUAAUGCACUCUCUCAAGAAGAGAAUAAAGGAGCAAAGAUUAGGGAACUUGGGAGGAUUGCUGCAGAUGAAGCAAAAGCAUGUCAUGAAGCUGCAGGGUUGAGAAAAGGUUUAAUGCUCGGCAUUUUGGAGUUCAGAGAAAGUAAACUGGGGCUGAUGAAGACUGAGGAGAAAUUUUCUGAAGAUGUCAAGAGGCUCCAACAAGAAGCUUCCUCUGCAAGAGCUUCUCUACAGGAACUGUCUUCAAAUAAGUCCGGCCUCCAGCAGGAGAUAGCUUCAUUCGAGCAGAGGAUACUUUAUGUGGACAAGAGACUUCCAGAACUAGAGACCGAGAAAAAGGUUGCUGCUGCUGCAAGAAAUUUCAAAGAAGCUGCACGAAUAGCUGCUGAAGCAAAGUCGUUGAGCACUGAGAAGGAAGGAACACAAAUGGAGCUUGAAAGAGCCACCAUGGAUCUGGCAAAGCUUGAAGAAGAAAUUAAAGAAACUGUUGAUAAAUUGCAGGAGGCUGAGGAACAGAUCUUAUUAAGGGAGAGGGAUUUGGCGGUGGCUAGAUUCCAGAGGUUACUCAUAACUGCUAGUGCUGCUAGUGCUGAAAGAGCUGCUGCUCUGGAAUUGGGUGACCAUGAAGAAGCAGACAUUUUACUUGCUGAAGCCGAAGCUGCAAAAUUCGAAGCCCAAAAGCUCCGAGCGGUAUAUGAUUUGAAGGAGGAAGAUUUUUGCAAUCAACCACAAUUAGCAAUUAGCAAAAUUAGCAGAAUUAGCUGCAUCUGUUCAUCUUACCCCAGCCUCAUGACGACAUAGUGCAUUUGGAGAUGACUGACCUUUUUUGGCAUGACAGGCUUCAAAAACUCUGGUCAUGUGUAUUUUAAGGGAAUUAGCCUGGACGGUUCAUCUUGCCUUUGGCUAGACGCUUUCAAACCUCAGUGCCUAGAAAUGACAAGUGCGGCAUUCUUCGGUCUUUGACUGGUAGCAAAUUUGGUAUGGGCUUUGAAGAUUUCAGCGACUUCAUUUAUGGUAGAGGAUGUGAGAAUUCAGCUUCUCCAAGGCAAUGGGAGGAGUAAUUUUUUGUAUAUUUGUUGAGUGAAAGAUCAAAUACAUGUCUAUUCUCAUACAGAAUAAUGUCCAACCCAAUACAAAAAGGGGAUUGUGGAUGGUGUGGAAAAUAGCCAGAGCUUUCUUGAGAUUUUCUUUUAUUUAAGUUAUUUUUUUGUUUUGCUCC